CCCAUUCAUGAAAUUAUUCUGAAAUGCCUUUAGUAAUUUAAGAUAUCAAAGAAUUGGAUGCAAAUAAAAUUUUUUUCUAAAGCUUCAAAUAGACAUUGACCAAAUCGGAAGUUGGAUUCAGCAGCUGAAGCUAUGAAAAGAACAAAGAAGAAAUAGACAUUCGUAAACAACUCAACCACUAAAGAUGACAGCUAUGGUCUUGAAAGCCUUAUCCGUAACAUUAGGAAUAUUUUUUGUAUUCGUUGGAUCAUUAAAACUCACUCCUUCAUUAAGCGAUGAACUAUAUAAAGAAAUGAGAAAAAAUUACAUUCAACAAGUACGAGUAUUCCCUCCUGUUAAAUUAUUCAAAUGGAAGUUGAGUCCACAUAUAUAUAGGAAAGCUAUUGGUGGUGCAGAGACACUAUGUGGUGUUAUUUUAGCUUUUAUUCCAGGACCUUUAAAGGGGGCAGCAAACGUCUUGAUGAUUUUAAUAACAAUGAAUGAUGUGUAUUGCCAUUGGAUGCUGAACAGUCCAUUAGAUAAAAUGAGUUUAUCUAUAGUCUUCUUCUUCCUUUUGAUGUGUAGACUUAUCAUAUUCCUACAAUUCAAGGCAAAAGAAAUGGAAGAAACAAAAGGAAGGAAACAUGAAGUAUCAUCAGAGAAAAAGGAGGAAUAAACAGUAACCAUCUCAAAAUAAGUUUAUCUCACCAAAUAUGUCAGAAUAAUUUAUAGAUGUAUUAUUUCAUAAAUAUGUUAAAAUCAUUUAUCUUAAAAUCAUAAAUGUUGUGGUUUGAAAUAUUUCGUGUUUAUCAGUCUACAAUCAGAGACAUUAAAUGCAUGAAGUUUUAAAUUUUCUAAACUUAAUACAUUAUUAUAUAGCCCCUGACCAUCCUGACAUAUGUUUUCAACUAAAUUUUGGCAAAUUAAUAUUUUGUUCAGAUUAUGAUAUCUAUAAAGAGUCUCUUUUCUUUGGUAAAAAUAUCAAUUAACUGGACAAAAAUCUUCCAAUCUGUUGUCAAGAAAGGAACAUUUCAUUCAUUUUUGAAAAUAUAAGAUACAAUGUAGUGCUGUUAUUUUGUAGUUAUUGUCCUAAGUAAUUUUUACUUCUGAUGGAUUUUAAAAUUUUAAAAUUCUGUAUAUUCCAGUAAAGAGCCAGGAUAAUUGAUUCAGAAGUUUUGUUGUUUACAUCCUUUUCUUCUGGUCUUUCGGUUGAUAGUGCUCUCAUUUUCAAUCAUACCACGUCUAUUUCAGGGGCGGAUCCAGCCAUUUCUAAAAGGGUGGGUUCCUAACCCAGGAUAAAGGGGGGUUCCAACUAUAUGUCCCCAUUCAAAUGCAUUGAUUGUCAAAAAAAAAAAGAUGUCGCUUUUGACUGUCAGUCAAAGCGAAGUGACAGACGUGAAAGCGACUUUUUCGCCCCCCGUCCCCUGCUAGUGUGAGCCCUGCAGAAUAAAGUUGAAGGUAUGAUCAGUAGGAUUUUUUACUUUUCAUUUUUGUUUUACUUUAAAGAUGUUGACUUGCUUUUUCCCAACAAAAAUACCUGUAUUAUAUGAUCCAUUACAUACAUUUCUAUGAGUUGCUCUCCAUUCUAGUUUAAAAUAGAUUCAUUUAUGAGAUUAAGGUGGUAUGGGAGUAUAAAAAAAUAAUGAUAAAAAUUUUUCAUACCUGUCAAUAUGUAGUAUAAAUUGUGAUAUGUUCAAAAAUAUGAUAAAGGUGAUAGGUCACCGAGCUUGUUUUCAAGCUACAGGUGGUGAAAAUAUGACACAUUUUGUAUGAAUUAUACAGAGAAAAAUGUGAAUAGAGAAAAACUAAAUGAUAAAAAUUUUGAAGUAAAAUAUGACAAGAUAGGUCUUAUAAAAUGCUAAAGGAAAGAAUAGGGUUACCAUACCUUUUUUCCUGCUAUAACAUAAAAUAGAAAAAAAUCCUGUAGAUCCCAUUAUAAAUUGUACUAUUUCUGAGUUACUUUCCCUGAAUACGCAAAGUUAUAAAAAUUAAAAAAUCAAGCAAAAAUAUUCUACUUUUGUAAAAAUAUGAUUUAUUAUAACUAACUAUAACAUAAAUAUGUUCAUCCAAAUGAAAAUUCUUAUUAUUCAAUUGCAUGCCUGCAUCAAAAUUUGUUGGCUGAAUAAAAAAAUUGCAUUUUGCUAUUUUACAACCCAAGAUAGUGGAAGACACUUAUACAACCUUAAUAAGCUUGUUUUCCUGAGGAAAUGGAUGAAAUAUCUGUCCACAAAUGUUUUCAGGUAUACAAAAUAUUGACAGAUCAGGUUUAUAUAGAUAUGUAGAUUUUUACAUUGAAUUUAUUGUCCCAUAACUGUAAUGAAGUAAAAAUGGAAUAUGCAAAAUGUAUGACUGUGUUUGUUUAUAGAAAUUAAAAGGGUCUUAUACAUAAGAGUAUAUAUAAUUGCUGAGUAUGUUUAAAUUUAUGUUACGCAUGAUAUUAAGAGGCAACAAUCUCAUUAUACAAAUACUUGUUAUUGGCUCACGUUGUUCAAAUGAGAAAUAAGUUACAAAAGGUUUAAUGAUAUAUAUACAGUUAUGGUUGUGACAGUGAAACGCUACAGAUAUCUUAUACUUGUGAUUGUGAUAUUUAACAUUCAAUUUUUAAUAUUUAUACAUUUUCAUUUUUUGUUAUAAUAUGAUAUUAGGUACAGCUACUUUUUCACAAAUACUCUUUAAGUAUACAAAAAUGAUUCAGUGCUAUAAAAUAAUUAUACUAUUGAUUGAUUGAUUGUUGUUGUUUAAUGCCACUCUCAGCACUAUUGUGCUAUUUCGUGGCGGUCAGUUUUUAUUGGUGGAGGAAGAUGGAGUGCCCAGAUAGAACCAUGACCUUCCAUAGGAAAACUAACAAUCCUAGUCAAUUAAGAUUGGAGUCGAGCUCACCUACCACAUGCUGGAUUCAAAACUUCAGUGUUGGCAGGCUAGUGAUACAGUAGUUCAACUACCGAGGCCCCUAAUAUUUAUACUAUGUAAGUACUGUAAUUGUACAGUGCAAUUUUGUUUUACAAAACUUAAGUUUCAUUUUUUUUCAUUUAUUUUAUAGUGAUGUAUGUUAACAGGAAUUAUUUUCACUUGCCUAGUUCUUUCAUAUUAUUGCACUUUUCAAGUAAGAUUUCCAAUCUGGUUAUGCACUGAGUACUCAAAAGGCUACUAAAAAAAUACUAAGUAUUAAGUACAAUGUAUUAGAAUAAAAGUAUAUAUUAAAUGCAUGUUAUAUCAUAAGACAUAUUAUAAAAAGUCAAAACAAUAAGAAUUGGCAUAAAUGCAAGCAUCUUGAUGAUGUCUUUUUCUUAAUCUAUUGUAAAUAUUUAAGUCAUAAAAAAUGAUACAUUAACAGUAAUUGUGCACUUCUUGUUAUCUUUUUAUUUUUUUUUAUAGAAACUGAUGUUUUUGGUUUACCUUUGCUAAAUAUGUACAUUGCCAUUUCUACAUUUAAGAACACAGACUUUUCUGCAUUUUUUUGUGGAAUGAAACAAAACCUGACAGAAUUGUGUCAUUGUUUUUUGUGGAUUUGACAAUUAUAAGGAGAAUUAAGACUAGAGGUAAUAUAAUAAACAAUUUAUGUGUGAUAAAAACAAAGUUACUGAAAAAUACUAUUGUAUUGCAUGCAAUUAAUAAGAGAUCCUUGCAAAAUACUCUUGUCAGAUUUUUAUGCUUUUACAUUUUUACAUUUUUUCUGUAUUAAGACCAUGGUCUUACAGACUUUCAACAUAAAAUUCAAUCAUGGUCAGCUGCACUGGCAAACCAUUUUUUUUGUUUACAUUUAUAAUAUAAAAACACAAUUAUUUAUUGAAGAAUGUACAUCACAAAUGUUCAUAGAUAUGGCUAUGUGUUUAUAUGUAAUCAUUUAUAUAUGUGUGAGAAAAUGUAGGCAAAGUUUACGUUUGAAAAAGUUCUGAGUUUAGUGCAAAUUUUUGUGUUAUUUAUUUGUUUGAAAAAUAAAUGUGUGUUUAACACAUCUUUUUGUA